GUGAUUAUUGCCCCGUGCUCUAGCUGGGCCCGCAGGCGGCCGGAGCAGCAUCUUUCGGCCAUGGACGCUAAGAGGCAGGUGGUUAACUUCGGCGCGGGACCCGCUAAGCUGCCGCGCUCGGUAUUGCUAGAAGCACAGAAAGAAUUGGUGGACUACAAAGGACUUGGUAUAAGUGUACUUGAAAUGAGCCAUAGGACAUCUGAUUUCUCAAAAAUUAUAAACACAGCUGAAAAUCUCUUACGUGAAUUGCUAAAUAUUCCAGAAAACUACAAAGUCAUUUUCCUCCAAGGGGGUGGGUCUGGUCAGUUCAGUGCUGUUCCACUUAACCUUAUUGGACUAAAAGAAGGAAGAUGUGCAGAUUAUGUGGUUACUGGAGCUUGGUCAGCAAAGGCAGCUAAGGAGGCAGAGAAAUAUGCCAAAGUGAACAUUGUUCAUCCUAAACUUGGAAGUUACACAAAAAUUCCUGACACAAGCAGCUGGAAUCUUAAACCGGAUGCCUCUUAUGUCUACUACUGUGCUAAUGAGACUGUUCAUGGUGUGGAGUUUGACUUUGUACCUGAUGUCAGAGGAGCAGUCUUGGUGUGUGAUAUGUCAUCAAAUUUCUUGUCCAGACCAGUAGAUGUUUCCAAGUUUGGUGUCAUUUUUGCUGGUGCCCAGAAGAACGCUGGCUGUGCUGGAGUAACUGUGGUAAUAGUGCGCGAGGAUUUGCUGGGCUUUGCACUUAAAGAAUGCCCUAUAGUAUUGGACUACAAAGUACAAGCAGGAAAUGGCUCAUUAUAUAACACUCCUCCAUGCUACAGUAUCUAUAUCAUGAGUUUGGUCCUGGAAUGGAUAAAGAACAAUGGUGGGACUCCAGCUAUGGAUAAACAGAGUUCAAUCAAAUCACAAAUGAUUUAUGACAUUAUUGACGAAUCCAAUGGAUUCUAUGUAUGCCCUGUGGAGAAAAAGAGCCGAAGCAGAAUGAAUAUUCCAUUCCGCAUUGGCAAUAUUAAGGGUGAUGAAGCGCUGGAAAAGAAAUUCCUUGAUAAAGCUGUGGAAUUGAAUAUGAUCGCUCUGAAAGGACAUCGAUCUGUGGGAGGAAUACGUGCUUCUUUAUAUAAUGCUGUGACAAUAGAAGAUGUUCAGAAGCUUGCAACAUUCAUGAGAAGCUUCAUGCAGAUGCAUCAGCCAUGAAUGUGCAUGAAUUAGUGCAAUGUUGCACAUAAAUGAAAUAAAACAUAAAGGGUUUGACAGUUAUUGUGAUGCUGCAUAAAAUGCACAACUUUAGCAAACAAGAAUUUUGUUUUAGUUCAUAUACCUAUUGUAGGUAACUAAAUAAGGAUGAAGGGCCCAGUCCUACAAUAUCUUGAGCACCCUCAACUUCCAUUUAAGUUGAGGACACUCAGUACCUGACAGGAUUGGUCCCUAAAUUUGCAAAGCAGAUAACUUUAUUGGCAAUCUAAGUGUGGACAGUAUUGUAAUCUACUGUAGUUCAGAUUCUGAUUUUAGUUACACUGCUGCAAAUCCAUGGACAUCAAUAUGUUACUAUGGAUUUACACAGAUAUAAUUGUGAUCAUAAGCUAUCCGAGUUGUGUGGAAAAAAAUCUUUGUGUUUUGUUACUCUUAUUUGUAACUGUAAAAAUCCCUUUUUUCAAAUUAAUGCCUUGUUCUCACUAAAUUUCAGUAGUGUU